CCCUCGUGAGAACAAACCGGUGCGCGUCGACUCCACGCACAACCUGGUCAACAGCAAGGACAUUGCGAUCCUCCUUCCACGCGCACGCAAUAGCACGAGGAGCAUAUUGAAGACGGCCAUCGUCCUCGUCACUCCACCGAUAAUUAUAUGCCGAUGUCACGAAUUUGUCUGACGUCGAGUCGUGGGAGCCAUACAUCUCCUCGCUGCCACUUCAGCCAUCAAAGGCCCUUGGACUUUUGUUCGAUUGAAUGGGAGCUAGAUAAGACGUGUCUCUGGUCCUUGCAAUCGACUGCAAUCGUGUUGGGGGUCGGUCUGUUAUGGCAAUGGCGGAACGAGCCGCGCCCUUAUUGGCGCCGUCGGAGGAGGCGACGCACCACGAGAACUGCCCCGGCUGCAGGCAAGACCGGCGGAACCAGCUCCAUCUGGGGAUUCCUUACCGCGAGUUCUUCUACGUGUGGAUCGUCGCCCUCUGCUCCGAUACGUGACUUGGAUAUAGCCAAAAGAGAGGAAGAUAUUGGUUUUUAUGCAGGUUUUGUUGGAUCGGCAUUUAUGUUAGGAAGAGCUUUGACUUCGAUACUCUGGGGAAUGGUGGCUGAUCGCUAUGGAAGGAGACCAGUUAUUAUGAUCAGUCUUCUUGCAGUAAUUGUGUUUAAUACGUUAUUUGGGCUUAGCACAAGAUACUGGAUGGCAAUCAUGACAAGAUCUUUUCUUGGUUUCUUAAGUGGAUUGCUUGGUCCGAUACAGGCUUAUGCCUCGGAAGUCUGCCGAAAAGAGUAUCAAGCUCUAGGAUUGUCAGUUGUUGACACAUCUUGGGCCAUGGGUUUGGUUUUUGGUCCAGCUAUUGGUGGUUUUCUCGCACAGCCUGCAGAGAAAUAUCCAAAUAUAUUUUCCGCGGAGUGUUUGUUUGGGAGGUUUCCUUACUUCUUACCCUGCCUCUGCAUUUCACUGUUUUCAGUUGGUGCAUUGAUAGCCUGCUUUUGGCUUCCUGAAACUCUGCACAUGCAUGGUGAAAGUAAAGUGGAGGAUGAACAUAUUAAUGUCCUGGAGGCAUUAUCAAAUGGUUCUAACUUGAAAGGAUACAGAGGAGAAACUAAACAGAGACGAUUGUUUUCUGAUCAAAGCUUAUUAAAGAAUUGGUUGUUGAUGUCAUCAAUCAUUGUUUAUUGUAUUUUUGGACUUCAAAGUACAGCAUAUUCUGAGAUUUUCUCUCUAUGGUCUGUGAGCAAUAAAAAAUAUGGAGGAUUGAGCUUUUCAUCUCAGGAGGUGGGAAUGGUACUUGCAAUCUCAGGUAUCAGUCUUCUGGUUUAUCAAUUAGUUUUGUUCCCACAUAUUGAGAAACAUCUAGGACCAAUCAAUUUAACCCGUGCGGUGGCGGCUUUGUUGAUACCAUUGCUUGCAAGCUACCCAUUCAUGACAAAGUUAUCUGGAUUUAUUCUAAAACUGUCAGUAAAUUGUGCAUCUUCAUUGAGGAGUAUUUUCUCUUCAACCAUCACUGUUGGAUUGAACAUUCUGCAGAACAAUGCCGUGUCUCAACAUCAAAGAGGUGCUGCAAAUGGUAUGGCUGUGACUGCUCUGUCCCUGUUUAAAGCUUUUGCUCCAGCAGGUGCAGGAAUUUUGUUUUCAUGGGCACAAAACCAUCAAGGUGUUUCCAUUUUACCAGGUGACUAUAUUGUUUUCUUCGUCUUAGACAUGGUUGGGGUCGUUGGUCUCUUAUUGACCUUCAAACCCUUUCUGGCUCAACCUGGUAAGAAGAAAACCACAGUAAACACAUGAGUGUUUCUAUGGGAGGAGUGCUGCGUGAGUUGCAGAGUUGCUGGGACUAGAUCAGGACAUGAUAUAGAGUGUCUUAUUUUUAUUAUUUAUUUAUUUUGUUAUAUGGUCUUUUCAGAAUGAAUUUAUGAUGUUGUGUUGUCUAAUAUGUGGUAAGUUUUCAUCACAAUUGUAUUGUAAAGGAGGGUGGGCAUUUGUCCAGGGAAAACAAGCAGCAAGAAGGCUUUAAUCACGCUGUCAAAAUAAAAAGGAAAACAAAAAAAUGAAGAGAAAGAAAGAAAGAAAGGAAAAAAGAGAAAGCCCAUUAAGUGUUCAUCUUUUUUGAUGUUAUCAAGAAAGAUGCUUUCAGAGUUUGUCAAAGCUUCUUGACUGUCGUAAAUGUACUUGGUUUCAAAAAUUACAACCAGGUGAUGAUCGGAAAUCUCCGAAGAUGACUUCCAACUGGUUCUGCCACUUUGCCAAGAUUUAUUGCUGAUCAUAUCCAUACACAUUCUUGGAGUUUCUGUUAAAUUAAUUUUUAUUUUUGAGUGUCUCCAGCGUGUAAGCUGAUGCAUGUUGGUCGAUAUGGCAAAGAACGGAGGAGAUGUAGCCAUCAGUAUCUUCACAAAGGCAGGCAUGUAUUCCAUCAUUCA